AUCAUCAACAUCAGCUGUUUAUGAAGAAAACCAGAAAUCAACUGCAGAAGGUAUUGGUUUAAAAUAAACAAAUAUUUAUUUAGUUGUGACCACUUUUAAUAAAUUGCACUGGCCAGCUAUGGAAAUUGGUAACACCUACUAUAGCAAAGACGAAUAUGUCGAAACGGCUUCCGGAAACAAAGUAAGCCGCCAGACCGUGCUGUGUGGCUCUCAAAACAUUGUACUAAAUGGCAAAGUAAUCGUGCAAAGCGGAUCUAUUAUACGUGGCGAUUUAGCUAAUGUGAGGACUGGACGCUAUUGUGUUAUUAGUAAGAAUGCGGUGAUUAGACCACCCUGUAAACAAUUCAGUAAAGGUAUUGCAUUCUUUCCCAUGCACAUUGGAGACCAUGUAUACAUAGGGGAAGAUGCAGUUGUAUCCGCCGCUGUAAUAGGUUCUUUUGUAUAUAUUGGAAAAAAUGCUAUAAUCGGUCGAAGAUGUGUUUUAAAAGAUUGUUGUAUUAUUGAAGAUGGUGCUGUUUUGCCUCCGGAAACUACAGUUGGAAGUUAUAUGCGAUUUACAACAAAAGGCACUAUUGAGGGUGGUCAAGGAAACCCCAAUUUCGUACCAGCAGCAAUGCAGGACCAAAUGAUAGAUUACACUAAAUCUUUUUACGAACAUUUUGUUCGUAUUCCUCAAGCAAGUUAAUAAUUGAAAACAGACGAUGUUUGUUUUUUUUUAAAUACAGCACAUUUAAGUUUACUUACUUUUCGUUAAAAUAAAAAUCUUUAUGCCUUA